UUGAAAGUUGUGUAUUUUUGCCACAUCAAAGUAGCAUUAUAUCUACAUUCCUUUUAUGUUCCACUCUCAGUCUCCUCGACAGCCCCCUCUGCCACACUCGAUCCGCUCUCCUCUCGACCUAGUCAACAGUUCGUCCAACAAUCCCAACCACACCAGCAGCCUCCUGCAGUGCCCAUGCAUCGCGGUGCCAUUUCCAGCCCCGCCUCCACACACCCUGCUACAGUUCCAUCGACAAUAACAACGAUGUCUUUAUCUACCACUGGCAAAGCCACUACCGUCUCUCCAUCCUCGUCCUCGUCCUCUGCCUCUUCAUCUCCUCCUCCAUUAACAUCAGGGUCUGUUGGGACUGCUCCACUUGCUAAAGCCGAAGAAUUAAACUCUAUAAACACUCGUACUGAAGGCCCGUCUCUGCGUCGCAAACACUUAGAUGAGACAGCGCCUUAUGUUCAACCACAACCAUCCCCUUUGCUCCCUAAUGGGGAUAAAAGCCAGGUUUGCUGGGCAAAGGCAAUGCCAAUAGAAACUUGUCGAGGUCAAGCUGUUCUUGGAGGGGAUGCCAACGUCAUUGCAGUGCUAGCUGCUGCGCCUCAACUCACCUCCCUUCCCCCUACAGGAAUCGAUGGAGACAUUCAUGCUGCAACCUCCCCCACUUCAUCAUCCGCAUCGGCGGCUUCUUCAGCUGCCUCAUCUUCAUCCUCGUCACCAUCGUAUAUCGUACCCGCAACACCUGUGCAGCUUUCUAGUUUCGAGCCGACUCUAUCUGGUGGUGGGCAAAUUUCGACGACUUCAACGGGGGCAGCGACGACGAUUGCACUGCCGGGCUCGGUUCUGCGAAAGGCUUCGUUAAUGACAAACAAUAUGAUCGCACCUGGUAACAGUUCAUCUUCCAGUUAUCCCUCUGGAAGCGCGAUUGUUAAACGACCUACUCCGCCGCCGCAAACUUCUCUUUCCAUAGCUCCCGCGACUCAGAGCAGUGGCCUUAAUACUAUGGCAACUGGAACUGCCAGUGGUAAUUGCGCGAAUGCAUCAGCAACUGUUUCGCCAUUUGGCGUUGAGUCAAUCGAUGGCCACAGCUUUCACUCGUCUACACGUUCCACACUUGCGUAUAGAUCUCUCCGCUGGGAUGAGCUUGAAUCUGUUUUUGACAACCAGCUUUUAAUGUAG